AUGUGUCUCAAUCUAUCUCGCAGGGAGGUCAUAAGCGUCAACAUGAGGCAGAACGUGUCACGGGCGGCAAAUCCAAAUCCUGGUUUUUCUGGGCAAGAAGCCGCGCCGUCGUUGCUGGUGCUAUCCUUAGUGAUCCCGGGUGUCUGGCCUGGUGACAGACACACUGUCUCUGCACAAGUGCCCGUCGCAAAGGGAGGGCUUAGCUGGCGCAGACACCAAUCCUUAACCAAAUUCUAUCCGGAGUUGGUGACCAAGCCUAAAUCUGAUCUUUGGGCUUUGGUCUUAUCGUGUGCAGCAUCUCAGCCCUGGGACAUUAUUGCUCAGCCUUUACAGAACACCCAGGCAGCCAAGUGCCUUCACCUUAUGUCCACAGCAUACUCAACUCUACCCUUUGUCACCCAAAUAACACCCACUACCCGAGAUCAGAUGUCCGUUUCUAGUGUCUUGUUACUGCGUGGACGACUGUUUUUCCUACGCAAAUCCAAUACGUGGUCCCAGAGUCCCCUCGAUGACCCGUUACAAGUCACUUGGCCACUUGAAUUGGGCAUAAACUCUCCCUAUCUUUUACGUGUCAGGACAAUUAUUCUGAGUUGCGCCAAUUUAGACGAACAUCCGGGUGGCCAAUACACCCUUGUCUCCACUACGUUCAGGGUUGGACCUUCAAAUGCCCAUGACCCCUUGGUCCUUCAGCGUCAGGCGCCCAGAUCCGCAACAUGUUAUGCAACUCGUUUCAAGAAGUUUAUUGUAUAUACUAAAUAUGAGGAACGUAUCCCAAAGCCCAACCUGCGUUCUUCGUUACCCCGGGAGUUGUCGCCAUGGGACAAUGCGUCACGAUCGCCGCCACCGAGCCGUACGCCCCCUUUGCAACUCGAGAAACCCAAAGCGCCUUCGUUAAAUCCGAUCAAAUCAUCCGCUGCUUUCAAAGCUACCCUCGUUGCUGUUGGCGGUGUGGUGGAUGUACUUUAUCUUCGAAUUGCGGAUCAAACCGACGACAUUGAGUUUCUUGGUCCUGCCAUCUCUCAUCGCACGUAUCUCGAAGUCGCCAUGCACGGAGCCAUAGCCCAUUUGGGUCUCCCUUCUCGGAAAAUCGAACAAACGAACAAAUUACCCGUGGGGGAAAAUUGGCAGUCAUUGAUGGAGGUGUUGGGACGUGGGCCACGAGAGACCAUCUUCAGACAGCCCGGGCUGCAAGUCGUAGCCGCACCAUGGAACUACGGGUUUUGUGUGAAAAUGGACAUGUUACGACGUGGAGCAACGGGGGCAAUCACUCCCACCCCUCGACACGUUUCAGACGCCGCAGUUUACUUGGACAGUGUCAUCAAACACCAGCCCCCGGACCGCCUCCCAUUUACCGAGCGUGAGCUGUACCGUAUUCUGACGGAUUAUUCCGUUCAAGUAUCCGAGUUGUCUGUUGGGCAUGUGCUCAACACUUAUCGGACACUGUAUAAACGGGAACCACUCGCUCCACGCAGGUGA